AUGCAGAACCCCUGGGCGCUCCCGCAAGGGCCGAUGGCUCCUGCUCCCCCGAACAACGCGCAACCGUAUCCGAACCAGCUUCCGAACCAGAUGUACGCAGGCCCGUACCAGGCCGCAAACGGAGGUUCGGCUGCAGGAUUCACAGGGCCGGGCGGGAUCGGCGCGCAGUACCCUGCGGGGCAACCUCCCGGUAUGGGCGCGCAGUGGAAUAGCGCGGGCGGGGCUGCGGGUGCGGGCGCGUAUGGGUCGCCUGCCGGCGCGGCGACGACGGCGGGAUGGUCGUCGUCCGCACCGCCUUCCAUGGCUCCGCCGAUGGGGGGUGCGCCUGGAUCCGCGCCCGCAUCACCAUCACCAUCAGCAGCAGCUGCAGCAGCAGCAACAGUGGGAACACCGGGAGCAGCAGCAGCAGCAGGGGCAGCAGCAGCAGCAGCAGCAGCAGCAGCGGGGGCGGCAGCGUCCGCGUUCAUGUGUGCACCGUGUGACCGGUCGUUCUCCUCGCAGGACUUCCUCACGGCACAUAUCGCCACGCAUGAGAUCUGUGACUCGCCAGGCUGCUCCUUCUCUGCCUGCGGGCGGGCGCUCAAGGACCACAAGUCAUCAGUGCACGACGCCCCUUCCUCUGCUCGCGUGAAACGAGCAUUGGAGUACCGCAAGAAGGAGAGCCCCGAGCAGCUGGCCAAGUGGGUGGAGGAGCGCCGGCGCAACUUCCCCACCGCCGCCAACCUGCAGCGCAAGGUGCCGCGCUGCCUCUCUGCCCCGGGGAGGGUUGGUCGGGGAAAUGGGGGGAGAUCCGAGGGGCUGGGGGAGGUGAAAGUGAGCGCAUGGAUAUUCUCUUGUGGUUCUGUGUUUGUCGACGCAUGCGUGUAUGCUGCAUGGGAGAGUGCACAGGGCAUGCACCCAUGCACAGAUGCAUGCACGCAUGCACAGAUGCAUGCACGCAUUCUCAGCCAUUUUGUGGGCAUGCGGUGUGUGCCAUGUGUGCCAUGUGUGUGUGGCGAGCAGGAGGAGGAGGCGAGGAAGCGCAAGGAGAGGGGCGAGCUGGUGGAUGAGGACCGCAAGUUGAGACAACAGGUGCGCUCUUUUCCUCCAUCUCCCUCCAUCUCCCUCCAUCUCCCUCCCUCUCUCUUCAUCUCCCUCCCUCUUCCUCCAUCUCCCUCCCUCUCCCUCCAUCUCCCUCCCUCUCUCUUCAUCUCCCUCCCUCUCCCUCUCUCUUGCCCCCUCUCCCACGAUCUCCCUUCCUCUCCCUCCCUCUCCCUCCCUCUCCCUCCCUCUCCUGCCCUCUCCCCUCCUCUGCCUACACUCCCUUCCUCAUUCCUUCUUACCCCUCCUCCCCACCCCUCCCCUCUCACUCUCCCCUCAUCUAUCCUCCUCUCCCCUGCUCUUUUUCUUCCCCUUUCCCAUUGCUUUCUUCCCCCUCCGUCCUUGCCCUUCACAACAGGCACCAGAAUCUCAUUUCAGAAUCGCUGCUUUGCCUUUGUCCAUUACUCCAGCAGUAGUGACUUUGCUGCUAACACCAGCAUGCAGCGCGCAGCAUCUGUCGUCAUCCUUCUCUGUGCGGCGCUCCUCACUGCCGCGGCGCCUGCAUCACCCCUCCCGCCUCUCCUCCCACGCGACGGCGGCAGUUCCGCCGCAUUUGCCGCUCAGGCCAGGCCCCUGAAGCUGAAGGGGAAGACUGUCCAGAAAUACGUGACCAAGCUGUAUCCCACUAAGCUCAACGGGAAAUUAGUGGGCGACAAAGGUGCAUCGGGGAAAUUUGUCAUCAAGGCAGUGAGAUCCUCAGGGACAUACUACAUUGUAUACAUUGUCAAAGUCUUCAACAUAAAAUCUGGAGGCUACCCUUCCGUCGGCACCGGGUCUUCCUGUGCUGCCACUCAGCUAGGCUUACUACCUUUCCCAUUUAAGAACAUCACGAGUGCCAAGAGCGGUCGCCGGAGACGAUACAGCUUCUCAUUCUCGGGGGCUCAAGGACCAAUGAUGUUGGAAGAAGCGUUCGGCGGGAUUGUAGUUGUGCUGGCGGAUGGCCUUUUUGUCAAAGUUGGGUAUGCACCGAACUACCAAGCACUCUGUGCUAAGUUAAAGAAAACGGUGUCAUUGUCCCAUUGA